GCUUAGAUUUGAACUGCACUAGCGCGGCCACUUUUGAAAGACUGCAGUAUUGAAGGGUAGUUGUAAAGGGACUGCAGGAAACUCCGACGCGGAGGAAGUUAAAGAUUGUAUAAACCAGAAUGGAUGAAUAUGUCAAGAUCGAAAAGAUUGGAGAAGGCACUUAUGGAGUUGUGUACAAGGGUAGGCAUAAAACCACUGGGCAGGUCGUAGCCAUGAAGAAGAUUAGAUUGGAAAGUGAAGAAGAAGGUGUUCCCAGUACAGCAAUCCGGGAAAUCUCACUACUUAAAGAACUUCAGCAUCCUAACAUUGUCUGCCUUCAGGAUGUACUAAUGCAAGAAUCCAGACUCUACCUAGUUUUUGAAUUUCUGUCUAUGGAUCUAAAGAAGUAUUUAGACACCAUUCCUUCUGGGCAGUACAUGGAUCCAACUCUUGUUAAGAGUUAUUUGUAUCAAAUCUGCCAAGGAAUUGUGUUUUGCCAUUCAAGAAGAGUGCUCCACAGAGACUUAAAACCCCAAAACUUGUUAAUAGAUAAUAAAGGUGUAAUUAAAUUGGCAGAUUUUGGACUGGCCAGAGCAUUUGGAAUUCCAGUGCGGGUUUACACUCAUGAGGUUGUUACACUCUGGUACAGAGCACCAGAAGUUCUUCUUGGUUCUGCACGUUAUUCCACGCCAGUAGACGUAUGGAGUAUUGGAACAAUAUUUGCAGAACUAGCAACAAAGAAACCUCUUUUCCAUGGUGAUUCUGAAAUAGACCAGCUUUUUAGGAUUUUUAGAACUCUAGGAACACCAAACAAUGAGGUCUGGCCAGAUGUAGAGUCUUUGCCAGACUACAAAAACACCUUCCCAAAGUGGAAACCAGGAACUUUGUCAUCUGUUGUGAAAAACCUAAAUGAGGAUGGCAUUGAUUUAUUAUCGAAAAUGUUAAUUUAUGAUCCAGCAAAAAGAAUUUCAGCCAGACAAGCACUUAAUCAUUCAUAUUUUGAUGACCUGGAUAAGCACAAUCUUCCCGUGAACCCACUUAAGAAAAUCUAAUUUUUUGGUGAAUGAGAGGACAGCUGCCUAGUGGGUUUAUAAACUACAUUUAAAUUUUUAUUUGUUUAUUAUUGUGUAUAAUGACAAAUCUAUUCUAUUUCUAUUGUAUGUUUUAUGAGUGUUUUUGAUUUAAUAUUUCAUUUCAUUUUUGUCUGUGUAUGCUUAACUGUAAAUAGAUGUGUUUCUAUACUCCAUGUAUAUCUUUUUGUUUUUUUUGAUUUCUGUAAUAAAGUGCACCUUUUCACUUA